AUGUUUCGUUACGGCCAAAGUAAUUUCACCUGGAACGGAACUCUGAGAGAGCUGGAGGGCAGCUGGACCGAAAGAGGCCGACCAAGAAUGACAGCCUCCCCGAGCUCCUCCAGCGGCUUAGAGGUCCUCCUCUCCACCCUGCAGAAUGCAGGAGAUGUGGAGAGCACCUUAAAUAUCCUUAAUGUCCUGGAUGAACUUCUGUCUGCUGGUACAGAUCGUCGUAUCCACUACAUGAUCAGUAAAGGUGGCAGCGAGGCCUUGCUCACUGCGCUGGUCAACACCGGCCGCAGUUUCAGCCCCAACUACACCCUCCUGCUGCCGCUGCUGCACCUGCUGGCUAAAGUUGGACACAGGGACCGCCGUAUAGGUGUGAAGGCAGAGGACGCUGGAGCUGCGCUGCUGACCCUGAAUCUGCUCAGACACAACGUCAAACAUGCCGGGAGGGCCGCAGCCUGUCUCUGGGUGAUCCAAGUCUUCUCUUCAUCAGUUUCCACAGCGAACCUAAUCGGAGCAAACCAUGGACUGGAUGACAUCUAUCGCCUCAUCCCCCAGUAUACCACCAAACAUCUGCACGCCAUCAAGGCAGCCAUCGAUGCCUUUGCUGCUCUGCUAUGCACAAAGGCGAACGUUUGCUCGGUGGUAUCCAAGGGUUACAUCUCUGGCCUCUUGCGGCUUUACGAGGACUGGCACUGCAAACAAACUCAGCACGCCGACGUGGCAAUCUGCCACUCGCUGCUGCGCUGCCUCCAUAAGGUCACUCACAGUACUGCGGGCAGACAGGCGUUCGUAUCCCAGGGAGGCAUCCGACUACUGUACGGAACGACACAGACAUGCUUGCUGAGUAAAGGCCUGGAGUCUCUGGUGGAGCCUUCUGUGCAGCUGAUGAGAAAGUGUCUUCCUAAAACACCUCUUCCACUGACAUCCGACCGGUCGGCAUACACCUUCCUCGUGCCCGGAAGACCGGAUGUGGUCCCUGAUAUGGAUGUGGAGCCAGAUGAGAACAGUGAGGAGAGUGACGAUGAAGAGGCUGAAGACAACAAAGACGCAGACUUUGAUGACGAUUUGGAGACUGACCUGAACAAACUUCGCAUUCGUCCGGACCCGGACCGACCCAAAGAGCUGCUGCCACAGUACAGCUGCCUCUGUCCUGAACUCUCACAUGACUUCCAGGAGCUGGGCUUGAGUUCCGAGCCAGAGGAGAGUUCAACGUCGUCGUCAUCAUCGGACGAGGAAGCUGUGCUGCUCAGCGAUUUACGGGUUCACAGCUCCAAUAGGGACAGAGGGAGCAGCAGUGCCAGCCACCAGUCGUCCCCCUCCUCCCUAGAGACCGACCCAGAGGGACACGCACCAGCUGCUGCCCAGUUAGAGGCCCUUGAUUUCCACAGUCACAGCAGCAUCCUGAGCACCAGCCCCGGCUUCAGGACCGGGGUUGGACAGGCAAGGGUUGAAGCCCCCGUGGGUCAAAGAAGAGAAGAUCAGGAUGAGGAGGAGGAUGCAGACGACUCCCACCACCGUACCAUGAUAGACAGGUUAUUGGAGAGACAUGGUUCUUGUAUCCCCCACCAUGAGCCCAAGCUGUACUGCGCUGCAGCUGCCAAAACCAAUUCUAUUCCAGGGUUCAGCAUUCUGGCUUUCCCGGAUUUCUGGGGGCACCUCCCACCACCAGGACAUGAACCCAUGUCCCCACGCAAACCCAACAUACAGAGGCAGAAAGUGUUUGAGGAUGCCCAACGCUUCCUGACUACUGAUGGGAUCAUCAACCAGGUAGUGUUUGACUUGGAAGACAGCAGUAUUCAGUGUCCGUCUGAUUCCUUGAGGUUUUACUCCAAGUUUGAAUGUGGGAACCUAAGGAAGGCUGUUCAGGUCCGCAAAUAUGAAUAUGACCUCAUAUUGAAUGCAGACGCAAACACGAGCCAGCACACCCAGUGGUUCUACUGUGAAGUCAGUAACAUGGUGGCAGACGUUCCCUACCGUUUUAAUGUCAUCAACUGUGAGAAGAGCAACAGCCAGUUCAACUAUGGAAUGCAGCCCGUGCUGUACUCGGUAAGGGAAGCUCUGGAAGGUAGACCACACUGGGUCAGGACCGGGACUGACAUUUGUUAUUUCAGAAACCACUUUUGUCCAGCUCGAGGCAGAAGGAGAACAACCUUUUAUACUCUGACCUUCAGCAUCUCCUUCAAACACAAUGAGGACGUCUGCUACCUGGCCUACCAUUACCCCUACACGUACUCUGCUCUGAAGGCUCACCUGAAGGUGCUACAGAAAUCGGUGGACCCCGCCAAGGUGUUUUUCCAGCAGCAGGUUCUUUGUGGCACUUUGGCUGGAAACCCGUGUCCCAUGGUCACCAUCACCGCCUGUCCUGCCAGCAGGGGCUGGAAAGACAUGCAUCAACUCCGUAAUCGUCCCUGCAUCGUGCUAACAGGCCGCGUCCAUCCCGGUGAGUCCAAUGCCAGCUGGGUGAUGAAGGGCACCCUGGAGUUUCUGUGCAGCACUGACCCGGUGGCCCAGAGUCUGAGGGAGGCCUUUGUCUUCAAGCUCAUCCCCAUGCUCAACCCGGACGGAGUCAUCAACGGCACGAAUCGCUGUGAUCUGAACAGCGAGGACCUGAAUCGUCAGUGGUGUAAACCCGACCCUGUGCUCAGUCCAACCAUCUACCACACCAAGGGCUUGCUCUACUACCUCAACAGUAUCGGACGGACUCCACUGGUGUUCUGUGACUACCACGGCCACUCGAGGAAGAAGAAUGUCUUCCUGUACGGCUGCAGUGUGAAAGAGACUCUCUGGCAGUCUGGCUCUGCGGUUAACACCGUGGGAUUAAAAGAGGACCCGGGAUAUAGGACCAUUCCGAAGACCUUGGAUCGUCUUGCACCGGCCUUUUCUUUCAACAGCUGCAACUAUUUGGUGGAGAAGUCACGCUCUUCCACGGCCCGGGUGGUCGUCUGGAGGGAAAUGGGAGUGCUGAGAAGUUACACCAUGGAGAGUACUCACAAUGGCUGCGACCAGGGAAUAUAUAAGGGCCUGCAAAUGGGAACCAGGGAGCUGCAGGAGAUGGGAGUAAAGUUCUGCCACAGUCUGCUGUCCGUGACCAAAGACGUGAAGACCCUCUACAGCCAGAGACUCAUCAGCCACGUCGGCCUGGACCACAAGUCUCACAACCUGUCCCAGGGGCCCCGUGACACGGCCCCCCUGGGUCCAAACCUGUCCCAGGGGCCCCGUGACACGCCCCCCCCGGGUCCAAGCCUGUCCCAGGGCCCCCGUGACACGGCCCCCCUGGGUCAAAGGGGGCACAGGAGGUAA